AUGGAUGAGUUGUUCAAUCAAGGAAUUGAACCUGCGGAUUUGGAGGGAACGACGGAUUUCGGUAUCAUAGGAGGUUUGAUUCAAGCGGUUUCCAAUCGGGCGGAAUCUACCUCCGCAGCUGUAACUAACUUAACCCCAUUUGUCACUUAUUGUUACUCAUGGUAUGGGAUUGCAUGUAUGGCAAUGGCCAUUCUAUUGAAUAGAACUUUGAUCAUUGCAUCCACUAAUACUUCCAGAUUCCAACAACAAAUGAUCAAUAGACAAAGGAACCUAUUCAGAGGUCCGGAUGCUACAGAAUUCCUAAAGUCGGCUACAUUCUUGAUUUUCAGAUUGGGAGCUAUAUCGGUAUUACUUUACAAUGCUUAUAAUAUUUUGGUCACCUUGAAAUUUAAUGGGAAACUUAUUGGGGCAGAAGACCGUCUUAUUUAUAGGAUUUUGGAUGGAUUAAAGAUCUUUGAUUAUAAUAUUGAAACUGCUAAUCCAUAUUUGAAGACACCUAAAUUACUGGUAAUGAUAGGUCCUUCAACUGACAUUUACUGGCCAACAUUCUUAGGAUUCUGUUUACUGGCAUAUAUGGAGACUUUUGUAUCUGCUAUCAAUGGAGAUAAGCCAUAUAUUGAAACAGGAUUAACCCUUUUCGAACAUUCUUUGGCAUUUCAAGAAGCUAGUUCUAAAGGAACGUUUUUUUUAGGUAAUAGGAAUGUCGUUAGAAAGCCAACAGAAGAAUUAAUGAUUAUAUGUCUUUUCCUGACUUUGAAUCAUCUUAACAUUCAAAUUGGUGGGUUGUUGAAUAACAACAAGUACAGAUUAAUACCUUCAACUAUAAUAGGAGCUUCCUUCUUAACUUAUUACACCAAUUUAUUGAGGAAUGGGGGAUGGACUCAGUUCCCUAUUAUCAUUACAGGAUCAAUACUUCCUCAAUUAUUGAUAGUGGCCAUUAUCUUUGCAUCGAUGGUUAUCUUUAUCAUGGCUAUACUUUCCACAGGAUUCAAUUUACAAGAUUUGAAUUAUGCCAGUUUUUUCACCACCAAUGACGAUGAAUUUCAAGAAAGAGUGCUCUUCAAGUUAUCAGAUGAUUUCUACACUACUUUGAUUAACCUAGGAAUGUUAUCUAUAACUCUGGCAGGUAAAUCCAGUUACAUUACAGAAUUGAGUUUGGUAACUAUUGAUGAAGAAACCUGGCUUGAACGAAAUAUUUGGGAUAAGUUCAAAAGACAUCUUAAGAAUGGGAAAUUAAAUAUGGGUUAUGGUAAUUUAAUCGAUAAUCCACCAAUGGAUUUGAUAUCCAACAUUUCAAGAGUUACCAAAUUGAAUGAAAAUGAUACUGUGAUCAAGAGAAGAAUCAAUUCCAUAGUUAUCAUGAUCACUAAUUUAUAUCAAUUAGGGAAAGGGCUUUUCAUGGAUAAAUUCUUAUACAAGUACAUCUUGAAGAAUCAUAUCAUCAAAGAGAAAGAGUUUGAAAAAGGGACAGUGGAAGAAUUAGAACAAAGAAGACAAAAAGUACCUAAGUUCUUACAAACAUAUGUUCAACCCAGUGACAAACCUAAACCAAAGAGUGAUAAGAUAAUUGAACUUGAUGAUAUGGAUGAUAUUCAAAUAUCGGAGAAUUAUCUCAAUUUAAUAGCUGGAGAAUUCAGUGAAAGGGAUAAUUCUGAAGAUUUCCAGGUUGAAGAAGAAGAUAGUGAUUUGGAAUCAAUCAUUGAUGAAACUGAUAUCGAAGAUAUUUCAUUCUCUCCUCAGGAAUUCAUCGAACUUGUUAAUGAAGAAAUGAAUGUUGAAAUAUUAAAUAGUCAUUUAAAUAAUGAAGGAACUAUCAUGACCCGAUCAAGAUUCAACAAGAUCUUACCUUUCAAAGAUGAAUCAUCCAAAUUACUUGAAGUUUUAUUAAGUAAACGGAAAAACAAUAUAUCCAAAGUACUCAAUGGAGAAACUGAUGAUGAAGAUUAUGAUUCGAAAUUAUCAUGUGUGGUAUGUCAAGUAAACAAUAGAGAGAUCAUUACUUGGCCAUGUAAAUGUUUUUCCAUUUGUGAAAGUUGUAGGUUAACAUUAGCAUCUAAGGCAAUUGAAGGUUGUGUUUGUUGUAGACGUCCUGUUGAAGGAGUGUCUAAAGUAUUCAUACCUUAA